UGUUCUCCAAACAGUAAACCACUAUUUCCACAUCGACAAGAUCCUGGGCUGCAUUUCUGUCCGAGUCCUGGCUCCUCAUGAAUAUGAACUGAAGGGCUCUGACCCAGAAAGUGGUUCUGAGCAGGGUAAAAUGGGGUCUCGGAAGUGUGGAAGCUGCCUGAGUAGUUUGCUGAUUCCUCUUGCACUUUGGAGUAUAAUUGUGAACAUAUUAUUGUAUUUCCCCAAUGGGCAAGCUUCCUAUGCAUCCAGCAAUAAACUCACCAACUACGUCUGGUAUUUUGAAGGAAUCUGUUUCUCAGGUAUCAUGAUGCUUGUAGUAGCAGCAGUUCUUCUUGUAUUGGAGAAUGACAACAACUAUAAGUGUUGCCAGAGUGAAAACUGCAGCAAAAAAUACAUGACACUGCUGUCGAUGAUCUUUUCUGCUCUUGGAAUUGCUUUCUCUGGAUACUGCCUGGUCAUAUCUGCUCUGGGCCUUCUUCAAGGUCCGUAUUGCCGUACUCUUGAUGGCUGGGAGUAUGCCUUUGAAGGCACUGCAGGACGUUUCCUUACAGAUUCCAGAGAAUGGGUUCAGUGCCUGGAACCCGCGCACGUAGUGGAAUGGAACAUCAUCUUAUUUUCUAUUCUCAUAGCUCUCAGUGGACUUCAAGUGAUUGUCUGCCUCAUCAGAGUGGUCAUUCAGCUGUCCAAGACUCUCUGUGGAACCUAUUCAGUCAUCAUCCAGCCUGGAAUCAUUUGAAUAAGGACAAGAAUGUUUUUCUUCAUCAAGAUAUGGCCAUCGACCUAUGUCUUCUGAAUGGACUUGAGGGUCAUAUUCAAAUAAUGUUUUUUUCCCCUCCAGAUGGUGUUUGCUGUCCUCACUGGAAUG